UGGCAUCGGUAUUGAAAAACAAAGAAAACGCGAUUUUAACAGGUGCACACUUUAUGUGCUAUAUUCAGAUUUCCAACGCUCUCCCGGCGGCGCACCGUCACCACCACCACCGCCCUCAAUACCAUCACUAUCGCUACCGCCCGUUUGCAAACAGGCCCGUCAAAGGAAACAACGGGGUGGCUAUCCGCGGUGGUUCAAUAAACGGCUGCAGCCAGGGGCGUAUUUAUACUGUACAUUAUAUUGCCGACUACAAACAUGAUACAACUCCGGUCCGCGGUGCUUUGGUGAACAACAAAAUUAGUCCUCGUAGGAACGCACGACUACGCACGAGCACUAAUGAAUUACAAACAAUGACUGAUUUAAUCGAUUUUUCAAAUCUGUGUUGAAUUUUUUUUUUUCGUAUUUCCUUAUAAAAAUAUUAAGACUUUAUCUUAAAAUGUAUGAAAGUUAAACUGAUCGAAUACACCGUCAUAUGCAUUGUAUCACUGAUAACUUUAAUCUAUGUACACGUCUUUCGAUUUAUUAAAAAUUUUUUUUAAGAUAAAAAUGUUGAGACCAAA